UGUACUUUUCCGGUCGCAUUUAAGCUAACCGUGUUUGUGUUGACGCGCGCAGUUGAGGCGCUACCAACCCUCACAAAAUACAGUUUAAACGAAACCUAUUCCGCUUAAACAUCCACCGCCAUGGCACCAUAAACGGGAGGAAGAAGACACGGUUUCAUGUUGGGCAGGUGACCGGAGUCGGCCAACUUUAAGUUUCGCCGUAGAGCCGUAGACGCGGGGUGCGCGAAGCUACAAUGAGCUCGGAGCACCAGAGCGACAGCGAGGACGCGGACGAGUCGCAGGACAGGCCCAACAUCGGCGCCUCCGACAAAGAGGAGGACCCCGACAUCGACGACUCGGACGACGAAAUCGUCCCCGGGGUUUCCCCCUCGCCGCCGGCGAGCGGCGGGAUGCGGCCGGAGCGCGGCGCCAGGUCCGCGGCGUCGCAGGAGCGGGAGCCCCGCUGCGAGCCGCCCGCCGGGGCGCCGCCGCAGGCGGGGAGCGGCGAGGGGACCAGCGGCGAAAUCCGCCGGGGGAACAGCCUGUUCUCCUGGUUGCAGAGCAGGACUAUAAGGCGAGGGGUGUUUGUGGACCCAGCUCGGGAGAACUUCAGGACAAUGACCAGUUUGUACUGCUCCAUGAACCCCGCGGCAGAGUCCGUGAACCUGAGCACGCAGACCCACGGAGCGGUGUUCAACCUGGAGUACUCCCCGGACGGGUCCGUGCUGACCGUGGCCUGCGAGCAGACCGAGGUCCUGCUGUUUGACCCCAUCUCGUCCAGACACAUCAAAACCCUGACGGAGGCCCACGAGGACUGCGUCAACAACAUACGGUUCCUGGACAACCGCUUGUUCGCCACCUGCUCCGACGACACCACCAUUGCAUUGUGGGACCUGCGCAAGCUGAAUUCAAAGGUCUGCUCGCUGCACGGCCACGCCAGCUGGGUGAAGAACAUCGAGUACGACUCCAAAACCCGCCUGCUCGUCACGUCCGGCUUCGACGGCAACGUCAUCACGUGGGACACCAACAGGUUCACAGAGGACGGCUGCCCGCACAAGAAGUUCUUCCACACCCGUUACCUGAUGAGGAUGCGCCUGACGCCCGACUGUUCCAAGAUGCUCAUCUCCACCUCCUCGGGGUACCUGCUCAUCCUCCACGACCUGGACCUCACCCAGUCCCUGGAGGUGGGCAGCUACCGCAUGCUGCGAGCGCGACGGACGCCGCUCAGCUCAGACGGAGGCACGUCAGCGUCCAGGUCGGCUGGAACCCCCCGGCAGGGAAACGACUCCAGCAAGAUCCACCCUCCUCGAGAAGGCCUCUCUCCGAGGAACAGCCUGGAGGUCUUGACCCCGGAGAUCCCCGGGGAGAGAGACCGGGGGAACUGCAUCACCUCCCUGCAGCUGCACCCGAAGGGCUGGGCCACGCUCAUCCGCUGCUCCAGCAACAUGGACGACCAGGAGUGGACCUGCGUGUACGAGUUCCAGGAGGGCGCCCCCACCCGGCCGCCGGUCUCCCCCCGCUGCUCCCUGCGCCUCACCCACUACAUCGAGGAGGCCAACGUGGGCCGGGGCUACAUCAAGGAGCUGUGCUUCAGCCCCGACGGGCGCCUCAUCUGCUCGCCGUACGGCUACGGCGUCCGCCUGCUCGCCUUCGACCAGAACUGCGGCGAGCUGGUGGACUGCGUGCCGGUCCAGACCAGCUGCCUGCGGGAGGUCCGCUCCAUCUACUCGCACAGCGACGUGGUGCUCACCACCAAGUUCUCGCCGACGCACUGCCAGCUGGCCUCGGGCUGCCUGAGCGGCCGCGUGGCGCUGUACCAGCCCAAGUUCUAGCGCGGGCCCGGGCCCCCGUUUCCACGAGCACGAACUCCAAGCAUCCAACGAAUGCGGCGCCGCACAAACACCGUGUCGACGGAGUGAUGGGGCCCUUCUGAAUUAUAUCUAAACCCAUCCAAGUUAUUUAAUCUGCAGCUUUAGAGGUGUCCCUAGCAUUUGUUUUAAAGUGCUGGAGUGGACCAGCUGGGUGGGAUCUGAUGUGUGGGGUACCGGGGGUCUCUGUGCACACCCUGCCAGGCAACCUGGAAGUUCUCACCCAUCUGGUACCGGUCUGUCAGCCGUUUGUUUGAGACGGAGCAGGCAGCCGACGCCUGAAACCACGACAGAAGGAGACGAGUCCAGCCGGAGGAUUUAAAGCUUUUGGUCUCUGACCCAGAACUUCACAAAAGAAAAAAGAAGGCAGAAGAAAAGAGGCAUUUUGGGGUUUGAAAAGCAGACAUUUGGAGCGAGUUGGAAGUCCAAACUUCUUACUUGGCACCAGUAAAAAAAAAAAAUGAGAAAAAAAAA